UGGGCAAGAUGGCGGCUUCCUGAGGCACAACGUUGAUUCUGUGAUCGAGUUAAUAUUCAUCCUUCGGACGUAAAAUCUUCGCUUUUUUUCUGGCUCAACAGCUCAAAAGAGGGUAAAGCAGACAUGAAGACCUUCUGUGGGAGAGCGAACCCGACCACCGGGGCCCUGGACUGGGUGGAGGAGAGUCAGGAGUACGACUACCACCAGGAGAUCGCCAGGUCCUGCUAUGCAGAUAUGCUGCACGACCAUGACCGGAAUGAGAAGUACUACCAGGGCAUCCGGGCCGCCGUGGCCCGAGUGAAGGCUCGAGGCCAGAAGGUCGUCGUCCUGGACAUCGGCACCGGAACCGGCCUGCUGUCCAUGAUGGCUGUGACUGCCGGGGCCGACUUCUGCUACGCUGUGGAGGUCUUUAAGCCCAUGGCAGAAGCGGCUCGGUGCAUCGUGGAGAAAAACGGCUUCUCUGAUAAGAUCAAGAUCAUCAACAAACACUCCACGGACGUGACGGUGGGACCAGAUGGAGAUCUGCAAGAGAAGGCCAACGUGCUGAUCACAGAGCUGUUUGACACCGAGCUGAUAGGUGAAGGAGCUCUGCCCAGUUACGAGCAUGCACACCACAAUCUGGUCCAAGACGGGUGCGAGGCCGUCCCCCACCGGGCCACCGUGUACGCCCAGCUGGUGCAGUCGGAGCUGCUGGGGAGCUGGGCGCAGCUGCAGCCGGUGGAGGUGGAGGGCGCCCGGCUGCUGCCGCCCCCCUCCGUGGGCCGCUGUGCUGGAGCUCAUUCGGUGUGCGACAUCCAGCUGAGCCAAGUGUCUCCAGGCAGCUUCACCCCCCUGAGCCCCCUCUGCACCAUGUUCAGUGUGGACUUCAGCUCCCCGGUGAGCAGUGCCUUCCAGAGCCACUCCUCCCAGUUCGUGGCCCAGUGUGACGGGAAGGCGCAGGUCAUCCUGUCCUGGUGGGACCUGGACAUGGACCCCAGUGGAAGCAUCGUCUGCAGCAUGGCUCCCAGCUGGACUUACCCGCAGCCAAAGACGGCCCCAUGGCGCGAUCACUGGAUGCAGAGCGUGUACUUCCUGCCCGUGGAGAGUCGGGUCACAAGAGGGGAGGAGCUCAGUCUGACGGUCUGCCACGAUGACUACAGCCUGUGGUACAGCCUGCAGUCUCUCGGCCAGCAGGACGCUCCGACGCCGGCUCCUUCCUCUCGGCCUUGCUGCACCUGCCGGGCUCACCUGGUCUGGACGCGGCCGCGUUUUGGCGAGCUCAACGACAGGCGGCGCACCAACAGUUACAUCAGAGCUCUGCGCAGCGUUCUGAGGGAGGACAGCGUGUGUCUGGCCGUCAGCGAUGGAAGUCUCCUCCCCGUGUUCGCUCGCAUGCUCGGAGCCAAGAAGGUGUUCGGCUUGGAGAACUCCACCAUGUCCAAACAGCUCAUCGAGCAGGUAUUGGAGGCUAACUCGCUGAGAGGAGGGGUGGAGCUGCUGGAGGUGAAGCCUGAGCAGCUCACCUGCGGUGACCUCGGAGGAGAGCAGAUCUCCGUCCUGAUGGGUGAGCCGUACUUCAGCACCAGCCUCCUGCCGUGGCACUCCCUUUUCUUCUGGUACUGUCGCUCCGCCCUGGCGGGCCUGCUGCGGCCCGACGCUGCCAUCCUGCCCGGCUCCGCCUCCCUGCACGCAGUCGCUGUGGAGUUCCAGGAUUUGUGGAGGAUAAGAGCGCCGUGUGGAACAUGUGAAGGCUUCGAUGUCUCCCCCAUGGAUGAAAUGGUCCAGCGGUCUCUGGACUUCCAGGAGUCCCAUGAGGCGGAGCCCCACCCCCUGUGGGAGUACCCGUGUCGAGCUCUGACUCGGUCCAGCGCCGUCAUGACCUUUGACUUCACGCAGAGCAUCCCGCAGCAGCCAAUCAGCAGCCACGGCUCGCUACCUUUUCUGAGGGCUGGCCGUUGUCACGGUGUCGCGUUAUGGAUGGAGUAUCACUUAACUGAUGACAUCACUGUCAGUGCAGGCCUUACUGAACCAAUCAGUGAGCAGGGCGACUGCAAGUGGAGUCGACACAGGAAACAGGGAGUGUACUUUUUAAGGUCGCCGUGGGAGAGUUCAGGCGACGGCAGCGCUGCAGUGUCAUUCAGCUUCACCUUUGAACCCAGUUUAGGAGACAUCAAGAUGAACUUCAGCAUCACGACUCAGUGAUGCAAGUUACUGACUGAAAUCCUGACUUUUACUUAAACUCUUUCCCCUUUGGUGGAUUUUUUAACAUCUGAUUAUUAUUUUGUAAGGAUCCAUUUAGCUUUUAUGGUAUAUCGAUAUCUGAGAAAUUGUUUACGUGACCAUUAUCUCCCAACACCUGACCGGACUUGAGUGUUUUAACUUCAGAAAACAAAAUGUACAACAUCCUAGACUGCUCCAGUAAAUACUAAAACAGUGAAGUAUUCAGCGAUGGAUUUACUGCAACGUAUUUAACAGGAUUUCAUUUGUUCCACAUUUAAAGCUGCAUUUUAACAGGGUGAUUUUUCCCAGACGCCCCCGUCUUUAAGGGCUUCCUUUCCUCUGCCUUUUCAUUUCAACCACAGGAACAAUGGAAUAAACAGACCUAAAAAUGAGCACCUGCUUCUCAAUGAAUUUUGUUUCUGCCUUCCCACCGAGCAAUCUUAAAUCUAAAUUCUCAACUAGUUUAUAAAAUUAACGUUUGUCCAAACUGUUUAAGUUGAGGAUGCCAUUGAAGUAACGGCUGUUGUUAUGUAAUAUUAACAACAGCGUGCCUGGUCAGCUGUCUAUGAAUCCAAAUGUUGCUAUAAAGAGCUGUUUUAUAAACUUUUAUAUGGAUUGGUAUAUCAUAUAUUUAUUUACAUGAAGCUGGUUUGUUGUCAGAACACAAGGCAAAGAUUAUUUUCGUGUUCAAAGGUAAUUCCAGUCCACGUUUCCUGCUAACUUGGUACAAGACCAUCAGGGAAGCACUUUAAGAUGAAGCCUAUGAAAGGUUUUCCUUGAAAUCUCACCUCAAACACAGUUUAGGCACCUUUUUAAAAGCUAUUUGGUCAAGUUUAGCUGGGAUAGCCCUCCAGCAGAUCAAAUCUCAUUAGAUCAGGUUUGUAUUGACUUGUUUCUCUUUUGGGGAAUUUAGAAAGAAAAUAAAAUGCUAAUUGACUUUUCAUACUCACUGUGAAAAAUUAAUGCGUGUCUGACAAAUGAUAGUUGGGGCGAGUUCACACUUUAAAACAUAUUCUUACAAUUGAUUCGCUGCAUCUAUCUAAGAUUUCCCAGUUCUGCUUAAAAAUGAUUAUAUAAAUCCGUUGAAAUGGCCUGUUAUCAGUGACAGUAACAC